UUCAUAUCUUCGUAUAUAAAGUGACUGAAAGUGUCUCAAGUCGAUUGAUCAAGUCAUUGAUCUAUAUGUCGUAAAAAAAUAAAUCAAUUUCUUCUUUUUGAAUAAUUAAAAGAAAAAAUUAACAUCAUUAAUUUAAGUUCUUCAUAUUUAUUUUAUAUUUUUACAUAUUACAGUAUUAGCUAUUUUUUUGUAAACUUCUCAUAUAAUAUUAAAUAUCAAAAAUUCAAAAAUGAGCUUUUACCAGCUGCCCUAUGAAAUGAAAAAAAAAAUAUUUUCAAAUCUUGGACGAAAGGAACUUCGGACGAUACGUCAAAUAGAUAGUAAUUGGAAAAUUGUUAUUGAUGAUUUAAGAAAGUGGAAAAAAAGAUGUUUAGUAGACGAAAUAAAACCAUGGAAAAAUCAAUUAAUUAAACUACAAUAUCCUUCUUUAAAAAGUAAUAAGUACAAUGAUUUAAAAGAUGAACAGUGGAAAAUAAUUUUUCUAUUGUACAAAAAAUGGCGUCAAGUAUUUAAUUCCAAUCAUUGUACUAUUCAUAAUUUUAAAAUUCCGCAAGAAAAUAUUCCUCAUGAACUGGCUAAUAGUAAUAUCAAAUUUCAUUAUGAUUUAUUAGCUAAUCAUUUUGUUGUGGGAAUAAAUCGUAUUGGAUUGAAUUGUUUGUAUGCUAUUAACGAAAAGAUCGAUUUAAAACACAAGUUGAAGUUUGAAAAUUAUGCCGAUUCUGAUAUUAUAUUAAAAGAUGAUGAGAUUAAUUGGUUUAAUUUCAUUGAUCCUAUUGAAAUAAAAAUUUGGAUAACCGGUACUGGGAAAGUAAUUAAUAUUAUGUAUUUUCGUAGUCAAAUUUUAUUUUGGGACGUUAUGAGAAAAACUAAAAUUCCAACACCAUCUAUUUUUUUUCAAGAUAUGCGAUCAUUACAUUUACGACGGGGAACUGAUGAAUAUUUUUACGUUAUAAAUACUUUUGAAAAUAAAUUAAUAAGCGUAAUUAGAUUGGAUUACGUUGAAAACGAAAUUACUACAGCAGAGAUAUUGACAAUCAACUUUUGCGCUUCCGAAAUACCCGAAUUUCUGGAUUUUUAUGCAGAGAGGAGAAAAAUAAUGAUAAUUUAUACAUUGUUUGGUCUAAAUAAAUUAAUAACAACAAUUGUUCAAAUUCCACAAUCACAAUCAUUACCUAUAAUUAUUGAUAAUUCAUUUCAAGAGACUAAUACCGCAAUAACGGUUUUAAAUUAUUCUUAUAAUUAUAAGUUUAUCAUUCCAUGUAUGAAUGUCGUAAUAGGACAUCAUAUUGACAAUGGAAGAGAAUUUAUCGUUCAAGUAUCACGUUUUGACGAAAAUAAUAAUCAUACUACGUCACUUAAACAUUACGUAUUACCACAAGAUAUUAUGACUCGUGAUUUUUAUAUUACUUCCAUGGCAUUAUAUUUCAACCAUAUUUUUAUAGCUACAGCAGCAGGUAAACUAAUAAUUUUUAAGUUAAAACAUUUGCAGCAUUUGUUAUAUUUAAAUUUUGAUUAUCUUAAACCAAAAAUAAUUGACACUAAAGUAUCAUCAAUAAAUGGAUUAAAAAUAACGAAACAUAAUAAUAGAAUUAUUAUUCUAUUAACAACUUUGUCUAGUCAAGUAAAUUUCUUAUUCUGUAAUCUACAUCUUUAAUUAAUUUAUUUGCGAGUAUAUAACGAUAGCUUUUUUUUUGUGGCAGAAA